GACUGUUUUAUUCCACUCCAGGAGUUGCUGUCCUCUUGGGUUCCACUUUGGAUUUGGAACCCCUGUAUUUUCUUUUCAAAACCCCCUUUUUUCCAAUGGAAAUGCUCUGUUGUUAAAAAGGAAGAACUUGUCUUUCUGAAACUGACAUCAUGAUGCUCACAGAUUUUAUGCUGGUUCUCAUCGUCCUUGGCAUCCCUUCCUCAGCCACUACAGGGUUCAGUUCAAUCGCCGAAAAUGAAGAUGCCCUCCUCAGACAUUUGUUCCAAGGUUAUCAAAAAUGGGUCCGGCCUGUAUUACAUUCUAAUGACACCAUAAAAGUAUAUUUUGGAUUGAAAAUAACCCAGCUCGUAGAUGUGGAUGAAAAGAAUCAGCUGAUGACGACCAAUGUGUGGCUCAAACAGGAAUGGACAGACCACAAGUUACGCUGGAAUCCUGAUGAUUAUGGUGGGAUCCAUUCUAUUAAAGUUCCAUCAGAAUCUCUGUGGCUUCCUGACAUAGUUCUCUUCGAAAACGCUGACGGCCGUUUCGAAGGCUCCCUGAUGACUAAGGUCAUCGUGAAAUCAAACGGAACCGUUGUCUGGACCCCUCCCGCCAGCUACAAAAGCUCCUGCACCAUGGACGUCACGUUUUUCCCGUUCGACCGGCAGAACUGCUCGAUGAAGUUUGGAUCCUGGACUUAUGAUGGCACCAUGGUCGACCUCAUUUUGAUCAACGAAAAUGUUGACAGAAAAGACUUUUUUGACAAUGGAGAAUGGGAAAUACUGAACGCCAAGGGGAUGAAGGGGAACAGAAGGGACGGCGUGUACUCCUAUCCCUUUAUCACCUAUUCCUUUGUCCUGAGACGCCUGCCUUUAUUCUAUACCCUCUUUCUCAUCAUCCCCUGCCUCGGGCUGUCUUUCCUAACAGUUCUUGUGUUCUAUUUACCUUCGGAUGAAGGAGAAAAACUUUCAUUAUCCACAUCUGUCUUGGUUUCUCUGACAGUUUUCCUUUUAGUGAUUGAAGAAAUCAUCCCAUCGUCUUCCAAAGUCAUUCCACUCAUUGGAGAGUACCUGCUGUUCAUCAUGAUUUUCGUGACUCUGUCCAUCAUUGUUACCGUGUUUGUCAUUAACGUUCACCAUAGAUCUUCUUCCACGUACCACCCCAUGGCCCCCUGGGUUAAGAGGCUCUUUCUGCAGAAACUUCCAAAGUUACUUUGCAUGAAAGACCACGUAGAUCGCUACUCGAUCCCAGAGAAAGAGGAGAGUCAACCAGUAGUGAAAGGCAAAGUCCUUGAAAAAAAGAAACACAAACAGCUUAGUGAUGGAGAAAAAGUUCUGGUUGCUUUUUUGGAAAAAGCUGCUGAUUCUAUUAGGUACAUUUCAAGCCAUGUGAAGAAAGAACAUUUUAUCAGCCAGGUGGUACAAGACUGGAAAUUCGUCGCUCAAGUUCUAGACCGAAUCUUCCUGUGGCUCUUUCUGAUAGUGUCAGUUACAGGCUCCGUUCUGAUUUUUACCCCUGCUUUGAAGAUGUGGCUACAUAGUUACCAUUAGGAAUUUAAAAGACAUAAAGACUCGAUUACACGUUAGAGCUGACAUCUGACUGUCGCACAGACAGAAUCCAAAUGCACGAGCUUGUUCUACAAACCUUGAUCACACAGUCUUAGUGGAAAUGGAACAUCUCCUCACCGGAGAAAUGCUAGUAAAAUGUGCUCAUUUGUGGUUGCCGUGAGAGUGAGCUGCUUUUAAGGAAAGUGGAACCUCCCCAGGCCCCUGCCUUGGCUUCCCGGCACAUUCAGAGAAGGAUCAUAGGUCCAGGCUUGGCCUCAUAGCCAGAGUGCACCAAAAGGUGUUGCUACUGGUGAACAAACACCUCCUGGAAGCAGCAGACCUUGGUGGGGGGAGGGGAGAUCCACCUGGAGUUUAAGGCGGUCUCCGCAUCAAGCUAUCUGUGUGGGCAGAGCCUGGAUCUCCCACCUGCCCCGUCCUCCUGGGGCUCUGUUGUGCUUCUGUAGUGAUGGGCCAGGCAGAUCUCAACAAGGAUUUGGGGAUUACACUGGCAGGACAGCUGGCCCUGCACACUUAAUAAUAACACAGAUUCCAAGAUGCUUGGCCUGCCGAGGCAGGUUAUUCAUGGUUUAUUCACAACAUGAUAAGGCUUUCAGAUGGUGAAGCUGGAGCCCACUGUGAGCUGUGACUUGCUUUGAGGUCAUGCAUACCAAAAUAACUCACAAUAGAAACAAAGUCCUUUGCUACCAGAAGUGCAUUCAUUAAUACUCAUUAUCUUUUCCUAGCAAACUAGGGUACAGA